UUGUGACUGUACUAAACCCUUUAACUCAACGGUUGUGUUAGCUGGUGUGAUAUCAUGUCGAAGGUCUCUAUGGGUAAAGUGCUGCUUCGAAAUGUCAUCAGACACACAGAUGCCCAUAACAAGAUUCAAGAGGAGUCUGAGAUGUGGAAAUUGAGGGAUCUUGAACGACAAACCACUUCCACUCAUUUCCCAAAGAACAGGGGCCGCAUGCAUUGUGACCGCUAUUUGGACGACUCUGAGGGGUCAAUGCGAGACCGCCUUGGAGACAGGAGAGAUGUGAUGUCCGAGAGAGAUGAGAGGGAGGCACGAUACUGGACGAGAAAACUAUAUGAGUUUGAAGCCAAUGAUCCUGACAGGUGGGGCCACAGUGGCUUUAAGGAGCUUUAUCCAGAGGAAUUUCAUUCUGAUGGAGAAAAAGACUGCAGUGAUAGUAAACAAAGAAGGAAAAAACACAAAAACAAACUAGACGCUGACAUAGAGAAAUCUUCUAAGAAGUCGUCUAAGAAGAAGAAAAAGAAAAAGAAGAGGAGGAGGACUGUGGCUUCGGGCUCAGAGACCUGCAGCGAUGCGGAGGACACCGUGAGGAGGAAACAGAGGAGGAAGGGAGGUAAAAGCAAGCGUAGGAAAAAGGAACACAAAAACAAAGACAGAACAGAGGACAGCAGCACAGAGGACAGCCGAUCAGACACAAGGACAAGAACGAAGAGGAAGAGAAACUGCCCUGAAACAGACAAGCUGAACGAGCCUCAGCGGAAAAAACGGAAAAACUGGAAAGUGGCGAAUGAGGAGAGAUCAGAGGAGAGCUCUGAUGCUUGACUUUUCAAUCUACCUGGCUGCACAACUAGGCGGACUGUAGACACAUAUUUGUAAUUGUGCAUCUCAUUCAUAUUUAGAAGACUCUGAUAAUGGGUCUGGAGUCAAUAACUUGAUCUUUAUACCUCUCCAAACAGACACUUGAUGCUUUUUCAUCAUGUUUGCAUCCAAGAGAAUUUCUCUAAUUUUAUGAGGUUAUAUUUUCUAAACAUUUUAAAUAUCUUUGAAUGUUUUUUUUUAUUCCUUGUGUGACUGAACAUUUUUUUAUUGCCAUUGUCAGAAAAAACUCAGGUAUCUUUCUGUCAUGUGUGAAACUUUUUUUUUUUUUUUUUAUAAAUAUACUUGUAUUGUACUUGAACCUGCCAGUUACAACAAUCCAAUUGUUGUUGUUUUUGCCAAACAGCAUUUGUGUAGACUGAAUAGUUAUGUCAUAUGGCAGUGGCCCAGAAGGUGGCACUGUUGUACUAUCAGACGACAAUCCCAAAUCUAGCCUGCCUGAUUGUCUUUUAACGACUUGUUUUGUACGUUCGCUUGUAAACACCUACAGUAAAUGGUGUUUCGCUACUGUUUACUUCCGACAUUUACGGAUAAUGGCUACUUCCCCUUGCUAAUGUGUGUGCUUUCACUGAUUCAUUUGCACUAAACUACCAAAGGUCAAGCAUUAAUAUCAUAUAAAUGUAAUUAUAUCAUUAAAGUUGCCUUUGGAAGGAACGGUUA